AUGUCUGUAAAUGAGUUACCUUCUUCAGCUCAAGCUUUCCAAGAACAACUCCUCAGCGGUUUUGUCUCUAGAAAGCUGCUUCUACACAACCCAUUUGACCACAGCACUCAACGACCCCUUGCGAUGACACCAUCUCCUCUCAUAACCCAUGAGAACAACCUCAGUGGGAAUGUCUUGAUGCUUCUCUCAGUACUCAUCUGUGGAGUCAUCUGCUGCCUCGGGUUACAUUACAUCAUUCGUUGUGCAUUCAGACAAUCUACAAGUUUCAUGAUCUCUGAGCCUAUCUCUAGCCUUUCAAACAGUUCACCAAGCAAAGGAAUCAAGAAGAAAGCUCUUAGAAUGUUCCCGAUCGUUAGUUACUCAGCUGAUUUGAACCUGCCGGGGAUUGGCGAAGAGUGCGUCAUCUGUUUGUCGGAUUUUGUUUCCGGUGAAAAGCUCAGGCUGCUCCCUAAGUGCAACCACGGGUUCCAUGUUCAUUGCAUUGACAAGUGGCUUCAACAACAUAUGACUUGUCCGAAAUGCAGACACUGUCUUGUUGAGACAUGCCAAAAGAUCAUUGGUGACUCCAGUCAAGUGACAGCAGCAGCACCAACAGAGAGUGUAAUAAUCAGGAUUGAUCCUCUAGAACCUGAAGGAAGAGUAAACACUUUUAGAGAAAGCAGCUAAACUCCCAUAAACCUUCAUAAAAUUAGAUAGGAGAUUUUAGAUCUGAGCACAACUUAUGUCUAUAGCCUUAGAUACUUCAAUUUUUUUAUGUCGUUCUUUUUUGCCUGUAGCACAAAGUGUAUACAGAGAGA